ACCACUCUCUCCAUCACUAUGCGUUUUCCUUUCCACAGAACAACACAGAGAGAGAAAUCCCCCCUUGAAGCUACGGUCUCAAGCUGUUUUCUGUGGUGUGUUCUGAAAAAGGUAAGCUCUUUACAUAUUUCCCUUCGAUCCAAAUACAUGGAUUAACGGCACAGACCUUUUCUUUGUUGUAUUCUCUGGAUCCGCUUCUUAUUUCCUCAAGUCAAUAGCAGUUUCUAUUUCAACUUUGAUAUACAUAAUAUAUAUAUAUACACAUUAUAUUGCUUGAAAUGACCUUUCUGCUCAGAAGAGGAAGAGCAACGCAAUCAUUGAGAAGCAUCCUUGCAAACCCAGCUUCCAGUAAACCCUACCAAAACCCUAAAACCCCAAUUCACUGUAUUGGCCAGAAAUCUAGGGGUUCAACAUGUCGCCCCUUUUCAACCCAACCCUCGAAAUUCCCUGAAUAUGAAAUGCCCUCUGUUACGUGGGGUGUUGUACAAGGGCGGAAAGAGAAGUUGGUUUCUAGGGUUAUAAUCUGUGAUUAUUUGAAAACUAUUGGGAUAAUCCCAGAUGAGUUAGAGGACCUAGAAUUGCCCUCCAAUGUGGAGGUGAUGCGUGAAAGAGUGGAGUUUCUGCAGAAGCUGGGGUUGACAAUUGAUGAUUUUAAUGAAUACCCUUUGAUGCUAGGUUGUAGCGUGCGAAAAAAUACGAUACCCGUGUUGGGGUACUUGGAGAAGAUUGGUAUUCAGAAGUCGAGGCUUGGUGAGUUCGUUAAGAAUUAUCCGCAGGUCCUGCAUUCUAGUGUGGUUGUUGAGCUUGUUCCGGUUGUUAAGUUUCUCCGGGGGCUUGAUGUGGAAAAGCAGGAUAUUGGGUAUGUGCUGAUGAAAUAUCCAGAGCUAUUGGGGUUUAAGCUUGAAGGGACUAUGAGCACUUCGGUCGCAUAUCUGGUUAGUAUUGGAGUUAGCCCGAGGGAUAUUGGACCUAUGAUCACCCAGUAUCCGUAUUUUUUGGGAAUGAGAGUUGGGACAGUGAUCAAACCGCUGGUUGAUUACUUGGUCUCCUUGGGAUUACCAAAGAAGAUACUGGCGAGGAUGUUUGAAAAACGGGCAUAUAUACUGGGUUAUGACCUUGAAGAGACCGUUAAGCCAAAUGUGAAUUGUCUGAUAAGUUUUGGAAUCCGGAGGGAAGCUCUUCCAUCAGUUAUUGCACAGUUCCCACCAAUUCUUGGGCUUCCUCUGAAAGCGAAGUUGUCAACACAGCAAUAUUUCUUCAAUUUGAAGCUCAAGAUUGAUCCUGAUGGAUUUGCUCGAGUGAUUGAACAAAUGCCACAGAUGGUUAGCCUUAACCAAAAUGUGAUCAUGAAACCGGUUGAGUUCCUUCUUGGACGGGGUAUUCCACCUGAGGAUGUUGCGGAGAUGAUAGUGAAAUGCCCCCAGUUAGUUGCAGUUCAAGUUGGGUUCAUGAAGAACCGGUAUUACUUUUUCAAGAGUGAGAUGGGAAGGCCUGUGAAAGAGCUUGUGGAGUUCCCUGAAUACUUUACUUAUAGUUUGGAAUCAAGGAUCAAACCCCGGUACCAGAGCUUACAAAGCAAAGGAAUUAGGUGUUCUUUGGCUUGGUUCCUCAAUUGUAGUGACCAAAGAUUUGAAGAAAGAUUGCAAGCUGACUUUAUUGAAACAGAGACAGCAGGUCCAUCGUUUUGUAUGGGAGGUAAAUUAGGGUUGCCGAGCAAUGAGGAGGUUGUAUCGGCUGAGGAAGAUGACGAGAGUGAUGAUGAAACACUACUAUACAGACGCACUGUUUCUCUUUAAUGCGCUUUGUCUUUGUGUUUUAGCAUUAAGGAAAUCAUUCUAGCUUUCCAAUGCAUUCCUUUUAUGUUAUUUUCCUAUAGGAUUAGCAAUUGAUUCUGAAAGUUGUAUACGUGCUUCUGAGUAAUUAUUAAUUUGUUUCUUUUUCUUUUUAUAAUUACUGUGAACUGUUCUUGAUACAAAUUUUACUGGGGAUCGAGACUUAUUCUAUAUUUGACAAAAGACAGCAACUUUUGCUAAAGACCUCAACCUCAAGGAUUUCUGAAAUCUA